GUCUGCGCCAUGUACUGCGCUGGGCUUCGUCUCUUUCCCCCCGGAAUUUCUAUAAGCUUCUUCAGGAAUUUCUCAGCCACAAAAAAAUGCGCAACCAUAAGAGCAUGGAAGCUGAUCAAGCCCUCCACAACCAAGCGCCAACAUCUCAUCUUCACUUUCCACGUGUCAUUCCAUUAGUGGUUGAUUUCUCAUAUCUCUUCACAUGUCACCACCUUCCUCCACUCGGCGACACCAGCCAAAUUGCACUGUCUCAGCUGCUUGAAGCCAAGGCUUAUCAAUUCUCCUUCUCCCCCUUCACCUGCUCUUCAACCUGCAACACUACCUUUUUUUAGUUUCUUUCUGAUUCUGGGAAAAAGAAGGCAAAAAGAAUUGCUAAACCCCUUCGAUUCUCAUGGUGGUUUAACCCCUUUUAGCUGUAUUUUGAGAAAUAUGCCAUGGAAGCCCUCAAUACAGCUCGCUUGACCCCAAUUUCUGUUCUUUGUGACAGAAGAACAGACCCCAGAAAAAUAUCAUCAUCCCCCACAAAUUCCCCCCUCAAAUUCCCAAAUUCUAUCACUUCUGGAGCCGCCCACCCAUCAAAUCUAUCAGAGGGUAAUAAUGUAUCAAGAAGUUUUCAUGGGGGUCUGGUGCUUUUGUCCUCUGUUCUUAAUGGAGGGCUUGCCAGAGCUUUAACCUAUGAUGAAGCCCUAGAGCAGUCUGCGGGCACUUCCACGUUUGGUGAUCCUUCUAGUUUUGAUAUAAGUGGGGUUUUUGACAGUGUAGUUAACUUUGGAGUGGAAAAUCCGGCGAUUGUCGCCGGCGGCGCUGCCGUUUUAGCGGUUACGCUGGUUUUGUCUCAGAUUCUGAAGAGCCCUAAGCCAUGGGGUGUUGAGUCUGCGAAGACUGCUUAUGCAAACUUGGGUGAUGAUGCGAAUUCUCAGUUGCUUGAUAUAAGAGCGCCAGUGGAAAUUAGGAAAGUGGGAAGCCCUGAUAUUCGAGGGUUGAAGAAGAAACCUGUGUCUAUCGUGUACAAAGGUGGAGAUAAGCCAGGGUUUUUGAAGAAGCUAGCUUUGAGGUUCAAGGAGCCAGAGAAAACCAAAUUAUUCAUUCUGGACAAAUUUGAUGGGAACUCUGAACUGGUUGCGGAGUUGGUCACCUCAAAUGGAUUCAAAGCUGCUUAUGCCAUAAAAGAUGGUGCAGAAGGGGCUCGAGGAUGGAUGAAUAGCGGUCUUCCCUGGUUGCUGCCAAAGAAAAACUUGAGUCUUGAUCUAGGAAAUUUGUCUGAUACAAUUAGCAGUGCACUUGGUGAGGGUUUUGAUGCAUUGCCUGUUACCUUUGGGAUUGCUGCAGCUGCUGGAUUUGGUGUAUUGGCAUUUACAGAGGUGGAAACGGUACUCCAAGUUCUAGGCUCGGUUGCUCUUGCUCAGUUUGUCAGCAAGAAACUACUGUUUGCAGAAGAUCGGAAGGAAACUGUACAACAAUUUGACGAGUUCUUGAACACCAAAGUUGGCCCCAAAGAGCUUGUUGGUGAGAUAAAGCAAAUUGGAAAAGCUCUUCUGCCAUCACCUGUGACUAGCAAGGCUCUUCCCGCACCAGCAGAAGCAAGCUCUGGACCUGCCACUGUCACAGAGUUGAACACUGGGCCAAACGUGCAGGCAGUUGCAAAACCUAUCCCUGAAAUCAAUUCUGUCCCCAAAACCGAAGUUAAAGAAGAAUCACAUUCUGGGUUAUCAAGACCACUUUCACCAUACCCAUAUGUAAUCCUCUUUACGAGUACUCUAAAUGCUUUUGGUAUUUUGGUUCAGUCUAAAACCUCCAGGCUCCAGGGGCUUCAAAAUUGGGGCUCGGGAACUAACAAUUGACUGCCUCCCUGGCACUUGCAAAUGGACACUCCAGGGUAAUCCCCAGCCCCCACCAAAAGAAAAGCUUUGUAGGGGCUGGGGAGUAAACUCCUGUAGGAAGCCACGUUUUUUCUUGCAUUAUCAGUUCCACUUUGAUCAUAUUGAGAAUCAGACUUAGAUGAGUUUCCAUUUGAUGAUCUGAAAAAUGCCUCUUUAUUUUCCAUUUUUGUUGCAGUAUCCAGAUUUCAAGCCUCCAACAUCUCCUACCCCCUCGCAGCCGUAGAGUUGUAAUUGCUGGCUGAGAUAUCUGGAUAUGUUACUUUGCACCAGACAAAUGUUCAGCUAGGAAUUUAGUAAGCUUGAGAUUUGCAAAUUAUGCAUGUGCAAUUUGAUGUUUUUGAGCUUGGACUUCAUGAACUGAAGAUUAAUUAAUUUCAGUGUCAUGAUUCCAGCAAUUCCUCACCUGCCAUUAUUUCCCUGUUUGUGUUUCUUGUGCUUUUGAGUUUAUUACAGAAUGUGCUUGGACCUUCUGUAAAUUGAGCUAUAUUUGGGUGUGGUUUUAUUUCAUUCAGACAGUAGCCAAAUUAUUGUUUCUUUCAGUAUCUUGGAGUGGCAAAGCAUUUUUCCUGUGAAGAACAUGGACGUAAUAAAACUGAAUUUGCCAAAAUUGAAUUCA